GCUGUGACGUCACUAUUUCGGAAGUAUGUGUUCGCUUUGACGAAUCAGCGACGUUAAUGUGUUCAUAAGGAAGGCUGUCAACAUGCUAAUAACGCUGUGCUAGGUCGACAUGUGAAGGAAGGAUGUUAACAUGCUAAUAACGCUGUGUUACGUCUACAUGUGGGUACGCUUCCAGAAGUGCUACUCUGCGCUGAUCCGGAACCAUCUGCGGAGGCGAAGCAGCAGUUUCAGCUUCUGCUCCUGCUCCUGCUCUAGCAGCGAGGAGAACGUCUUCCUGCAGCUGGGAGACAGAGCCGUGUGUGUCACCCAGCCUCAGGCAUGUGAUGACCUCAGCAGAUGGACUGUCUUGUUGGGGUCGUCUCUCAAUUCUUGUGGUCCAAGAAUUGAAAAUAUAUCAUUCAUCAUAGAAGCGACAGGACACAAAGCCGACUUUCAUUCUCCUCGGACGUUGGCAAAGAAAGUACUGAAGUGGUCAGACUACUGUCUUCCUCUGGCUUGUAGUCCCAACCAGCCAUACAGGGCCGUGGCUCAGGCCACACUGGACGACUUCAGCCGGCUCGGGGUGGCUUUCAUGGAAGAUCGACUUCAGCUGGACAAUGGACUUGUCCCCUCAAAGAUAGUUCCUGUCCUGCUCCAAGAAUCCGCCCUGAGGGAGCUGUUGGAGAAGCGGCGUGCAGAGGGCUUGAAGACAGUGACAUCAGUCGCCAGCAGUGCCCCAGCUGGGAUUACUUUUGUGGAGCCGUGUUUGUGUCACGUACAGUCAGCUCAGCAGCACCUGCAGUGCCGUAAAGGCAGCCUUCUCGUCACCACAAAGACCAGUCUGAGGCUGGUGGAGCGCCGGGGCUCAGAGCCUCUCUGUGGCAACCAGGUUCUACAGCCGCUGGCUGAGUUAGCUGACCGCUCAGCGGGAAGUCAGAAUCACACGGAGGCCCAUGGACACCACCUGCAUCUGUCCAGCUGCAAUGAAUGUUUGCAGCUGGAGAACAGUACCAUCCUGUCUGUCAAGUAUGCCUCCAUUGAGAACAUCGCAGAUCUUCCUGAUGAUAAUUCCAUCGGGCUGUGUAGUGAGGAUGAGACCCUGGAUGAACUCGAGCAUGACAACAAAGGCUUUUUGGGACAGUGCCGUGGUUUUGACCGUAAUGGCAAACCACCAAAUAUUCUGGUGUACUCAGGCGGAUGCCAGGAACGUUUUCAGGCAGUAAAGCAGCUCUUGCUCGAGUGCGUUAGCGUAGAAAGGUAUGUGGUCUAUCCGCUACAACCACAGCAAGCCCUGAAUGAUCCUUGGCUGGAUAACACCAGCCUGCUGGUCCUUGCAGAAGAGCAUGCCCUGACUCCCCAGCUUCAGGCCCGCUUCCUCACCUACCUGAGCCACGGUGGCAAGGUCCUGGGACUGGUGUCAACACUCUGUCCUGCAGGGCUGUGUCUGGAGGACAGGGAGAGAAGAAGCCAACAGAUAAGCAGGCUGAGCUUCACCAAGGAGGACACCACAGAGUUGGAGUUGAGCGUGCUGGCCAGUGGGAAGGUAUUCCUCAGGGAUCCAGAAGGAGGCGGGGAGGUGGAGCUCUGGGGGGAGUUGAAAGGAGAUGUCUUUCAUCAGGAGAAAGACAUGGUUAUUGUCAGGGUCACCCAUGGAGAUGACUGUGGCGAAGCUGUCCUGUGUCAGGUCCACUUGGAUGUGGCUCCGAACGCACAGAAUCUGACUUCAGAGGGUUAUAAUGAGCUGAAGGUUAGCAAUGCCCUACGUUAUGAGGUCCUAACAGAGAUCCUCACCUCUCUGGGCCUGAGCUGCGAGUUAAACCAGCCUCUGGUUGCCAGCACCGUCCACCUCCUGGCCACAUGUCAGGAGAAGAAAUCCUGUUUCUUGAAAUGGCUGCAAACCCGUACAGAUCCAGAGGGCCUCCUCAAGUUGUCCAAGAUGGCCCUCAAAAUGGUGUCCUCUCAGGAGCUUCAGGUUGGCCCUCUUCUGCCUGAUGGUGAGCUGACUCUGGUUACAGACUCCGAGGAGCCUCCGCACUGGGACCACUUCAGCAUGGAGACCUACAGUAAGAACCUGAAGACCAGCCUACUGGGACACAUUGUGCUCUACGCUGAGAUCAUCACUUCUACCAUGGACCUGUUAGAAGGGCUGACACUGCACCUACCAAAGGAUAUGUCAUUAAUAGCUAUAGCUACUCAGCAAAGCCAGGGUAGAGGCCGGGGACGGAAUGCUUGGCUCAGCCCUCCAGGUUGUGCCAUGUUCACCCUGAGCGUCCGGGUGGAGCUCAGCUCCCAGCUCGGCCAGAGGAUUCCCUUCCUGCAGCAUCUUGCUGCCCUGGCUGUCGUUGAGGCUGUCUGUUCCCUUCCUGGGUACCAGGACAUAGACCUCAGGCUGAAGUGGCCCAAUGACAUCUACUAUGGGAACCUGAUGAAGCUUGGUGGCGUUCUGCUGACAUCGACCCUCACAGGAUCCACACUCCACGUCCUCAUAGGCUGUGGCGUCAAUGUGAGUAACAGCAACCCGACGGUGUGCAUCAACGACCUGAUCCAGCAGUACAACAUACAGCAUGGCUGCAGCCUGCAGCCGCUCAGCUCCGCCCUGCUCAUUGCCAGAGCUGUCAGCACUCUGGACAGCCUAAUCGCCACCUUCCAGCAGUGCGGCGCCAACGCCAUCCUGCCCAAGUAUUACAAAAGAUGGCUUCACAGUGGGACUAAAGUGCAUCUUUGGAGUGAGGAUGGACCCGAGGCUGAGGUUGUAGGUCUGGACUGUAACGGCUUCCUGAAAGUGCGCAGCAAGGAGCACGGUGUCGUCUCCGUUGAGCCUGAUGGAAACUCCUUUGACAUGCUGAAGAACCUGGUCGUCACCAAGCAGCAUUAAGACCUUGUUCAAGAAGUGGACUGGAACCUGAUACCCGUCAUCAGGACACUGAGCUGCUUUUAAAAUGGACACAGUUCAGAUUGAAACCAGAAUCACACGUUCCUAAUCGUCCAGUUAGACUGAAGGCACAGAUCGGAGACUGACCGGGGUCAAUCCAGGGCUCUGACCUCUUAUGUGGUUUCAGCAUUCAUUUUCUAAUCUGCUGGUCUGGGGCUAAUAAUUUAAAUCAUCUCUGUGAAACUGUCUUUUUGGGAGUGUGAUCACAUAAAGUGUUAAUCUGUAUUUGUUUGUCAUUUGUGUAACAUGAAUUUAUUAUUAUGACUUUG